GCGGCGUUUAUACGAGAUCGACAAGAAACUUAAAGUGAACGUCUUUAAAGUGGAUUGUGGUGACGAGCAGACGUUUGUCAUCAGUGUCCUCUCUGUGCGGUGGGAUGGGGAUGUUGACAGUCGCUCUCUCACUGCUACUGGCUGAGAAACUGUGCGUCAAAAAAAGUAGCUGCAGACAUUUGUUUCCCAGGAAAUUUAAAAAAAAAGUCCUCCCCACCAGUGUGAGAGACGGAGACAGACACAGACCUCAGCUCGCUCUCAUUGGCUGGCAGUUUGUACAAAAUCCAAGUGGAACCACUUUGCUCACAACACAGCAACAAAUCCGAACGCGCACAUGCAGCCUCCUCCGUCACUGACGCACCGCUCCAAAAGCUGAUAAAAGCGCGCAACCUUCGACUUUUUUUGCACAGUUUUGUUCUACAGCUGAAGACGACUGCUUCAAAUUUGGGCUCCUUUUGUGUGCAUGUAUGUGUGUGUGUGUGGGGGGGGGGCGCGCGCGCGUGUGUGUUCUUAAUCUCGAAUUUGACGUCGUUAAUCUACAUGUAAUUUUAUUUCUGCUGGAGGAAACCAGCUACACAAAGAGAAACUCUCCACUCGUCAAUACCUCAGUGUCAAGCAGGGACCGGAGGACGCGCACCGGACUUUAAGUGCACCUCGGGAGCUUCAUUAAUUUUCAAAAUUUUUCCCAACUUCAGCCCUCAGACAAACAUUAGCAUGAUGUCGUAUCUCAAGCAACCACCUUACACGGUCAACGGCCUGAGUUUAACCACUUCAGGGAUGGACCUCCUGCACCCAUCAGUGGGUUAUCCAGCGACGCCGCGCAAGCAGAGGCGGGAAAGGACUACUUUUACGCGCGCUCAGCUCGACGUUUUGGAGGCGUUAUUCGCCAAAACUCGGUACCCGGACAUAUUCAUGCGCGAGGAGGUUGCGCUGAAAAUCAACCUACCUGAGUCCCGCGUGCAGGUGUGGUUUAAGAACCGACGGGCAAAGUGCCGCCAGCAGCAGCAGCAGCAGCAGAACGGAGGCCAGAACAAGGUUCGACCGGCCAAAAAGAAAAGUUCUCCGAGCAGAGAGGCGAGCUCGGAGAGCGGGACCAGCGGACAGUUCACGCCUCCCACCAGCACCACCACCGUCCCCGCCAUCUCCACCAGCACCGCCCCGGUGUCCAUCUGGAGCCCCGCGUCCAUCUCUCCGCUGUCGGACCCGCUCUCUACCUCCUCCUCGUGCAUGCAGAGGUCCUACCCCAUGACCUACACGCAGGCCUCGGGCUACAGCCAGAGCUACGCAGGCUCCACGUCCUACUUCGGCGGCAUGGACUGCGGCUCUUACCUCACCCCCAUGCACCACCAGUUGUCGGGUCCCGGUUCGACGCUCAGUCCGAUGAGCACGAACGCGGUGACGGGCCAUCUGAACCAGUCUCCGGCGUCCCUGUCCGGUCAGGGCUACGGGACAUCCGGCCUGGGCUUCAACUCCACAGCGGACUGCUUGGAUUAUAAGGAGCAGGCGGCGUCCUGGAAACUGAACUUCAAUGCCGAUUGCUUGGAUUAUAAGGAUCAAACGCCCUCGUGGAAAUUCCAGGUCCUGUGAACAAAGAGCGAGAGAAAAAUAAAAUAAAUUAAUAAAAGUGACAGUGACGAUUACAUCAGACAUCCAGGGCUCUCAGGGGCCUUCAGUAUUCUUACUUUUCUUUUUGCCACGACGGUCUUCAGUCCUAGAGGACUCGAGGAGAUGUUUAAUUUAUUUGAAAUUCUCGCCUCUGUGCGUAAAAACACCUGUUGAGGAAAACGCAAAGAAAAACAGCCACGGAACUAAAAUGAAAUGUCCUUUGGGACGGGAGCCGGUGACGAUGUGCGGACACGGAUGCACUAUUUUAUUUAAGGA